GGGGUUAAGGAGGUGAACAGAGGGUGAAGAGGAAAGAGCUAAGGGAGAGAGGAAAAGACAAAAGAACGAGAGGGAGAGACUGACGGGUGGAAGAGCCAGGGAGCCAGCCUAAAGUGGAACUGAAGGGAAAUGGCUUCGGAGGAGACGGCUGGAGGGGCUCGCAAAGCCACCAAGAGCAAACUGUUCGAGUUCCUCGUCCACGGAGUGCGUCCCGGUAUGCCAUCUGGAGCUCGGAUGCCCCAUCAGGGGGCGCCGAUGGGACCCCCUGGACCACCAUUUGCAGGAAACCCAUCUGUACGUCCUGGGCUCCCCAAUCCGGCAAUGGAGGCCAACCGCAAACGUCCUGCACCUUCACAACAACAUAUCCAGCAGCAACAGCAGCAAGGGAUACAAAGCAGAAACAGGAAGAAGCCUGUGGGAUUUCCAGGAGCCAAUGAGAUGCCAGCAAGGCAGAUGGACAUGAGAGACGCCCAGUCAGAUCUGUCGCUUGGAUCAAACACUAAGAGGAGGAAAAUGGCUGAUAAGAUCCUUCCACAAAGGAUUCGUGAGCUAGUCCCAGAGUCUCAGGCGUAUAUGGACUUGCUGGCAUUUGAGCGCAAGCUGGACCAAACCAUAAUGCGCAAGCGAGUGGACAUCCAAGAAGCAUUAAAAAGACCCAUGAAGCAAAAACGCAAACUGAGACUCUACAUUUCCAACACCUUCAACCCAGCCAAGCCAGAUGCUGAGGACUCAGAUGGCAGCAUUGCAUCCUGGGAGCUGCGAGUGGAAGGAAAGUUACUUGAUGAUCCAGGAAAAGUGAAAAGAAAGUUUUCCUCCUUCUUUAAGAGUCUGGUGAUUGAGCUGGACAAGGACCUGUACGGGCCAGACAACCACCUAGUGGAGUGGCAUCGCACUCCCACCACUCAGGAGACUGAUGGCUUUCAGGUGAAAAGGCCGGGUGAUGUAAAUGUACGCUGCACUCUGCUGUUAAUGCUAGAUUAUCAGCCCCCCCAGUUUAAGCUGGACCCACGACUCGCCCGACUGCUGGGAAUCCACACUCAGACACGCUCCUGCAUCAUCCAGGCUCUCUGGCAGUAUAUUAAAACCAACAAGCUGCAGGACUCCCAUGAUAAGGAGUACAUAAACUGUGAUAAAUACUUCCAGCAGAUUUUUGACUGCCCUCGUCUGAAGUUCUCUGAGAUCCCUCAGCGCCUCACAAACCUGCUGCUUCCCCCUGACCCCAUUGUUAUCAACCACAUCAUUAGUGUGUGUGUGGGUAGUGUGGACCCAAAUGAUCAGAAGAAAACAGCCUGCUAUGAUAUAGACGUUGAAGUGGAGGAUCCACUAAAAACCCAGAUGAGCAACUUCCUACUCUCAACUGCCAAUCAGCAGGAGAUCGCCACCCUCGACAACAAGAUUCAUGAGACUAUAGAGUCUAUUAACCAGCUGAAGAUUCAAAGAGAUUUCAUGCUCAGCUUCUCUAGAGAUCCUAAGGGUUACAUCCAGGACUGGCUCAAAUCCCAGAGCAGAGAUCUCAAACUGAUGACAGAUGUUGUUGGAAACCCAGAGGAGGAGAGAAGGGCAGAGUUUUACUACCAGCCCUGGUCUCAGGAGGCAGUCAGUCGUUACUUCUAUUGCAAGAUUCAGCAGAGAAGGCAGGAGCUGGAACAAUCCCUGGCUAUAAGGAAUACCUAGAUUGUAUCCUAAACACCAGCUUCCACUUGUACGGCCAUCCUUCAUGCUGAGCCACAUUGACGUCCUCAUUAUCAUAGUACUGUUUCCUUCAGUGAGUUUUUGAGGGUUCCGGUCACUGUCACCCAAGGCCGAAAUAGAUCCAGUCCUUCCCUUUUGUUUGUCUAAGCCAGUCAUGGUGUUAUGUGUCAAAUAUUUGACAUUAGAAAAUCAAGCCUCUACCAUAUUUGUUUAAAUAUGAUUUAUAACUCUAAUAUUUAAAACUUGGUACAAUAAAUCCAGGCCAGUUCCUUAAAUCUUUUUAGUCAUUAAAUGUUUUGAAAAUGUGUCAGUAUUAUUGCUUGAAUAUGUCUGUGAGAAUAUUGGGUCGUUUUUUUACGUUUGUUUCAUCCCUAGAUAUUUCAAGUGUCCUUAAGUACAGUAAUAUUAUUAAGAGUUUUAGUGCAGGGUAUCGUAACCAUGUACAAACUGUUGAAAGUUAACUACAUGCCUAAAAGAUUUGAAACUGUCUUUAAUAAACCAACUAUAAAAUACUGUGAGAGUGAUUUAAAUAUGGGGUGUGGUUAAAUAUAUUCACAUCAAUAAAAAAAAAGAACUUGAAGCAUGUGUUCUGUAACUUAAAGAGAACAGUGCAGAAAUGGACAAAUCAUAGCACAAAAACAGUCCCAUUUUGAUCGCCUGGAACAUUAAUUAACCAGGUAGCAAGCGAGGUUUAUAAUGUCGAGUUGCAUAACUGCACUAAGCUCAUUAUUACCAAGUGUUAAACUUAAAUUAAUGCAUAUCAAAUAUUUAAGCUAUGAAACCAUUAAAAAGAUUUGGCAUGGUAAUUGACCAAUGCAGUGGUUCUAAACCGUUUUACCACCUGGGCUUUAGUGUGCUGCAACAGAGUAUUUGACAAUGAACUACUUUGAAUCCACUACACAGACUAAUAGUUUGCAGUAGACAUUCAAAGUUCAGUGAUAGUAGUUAAUUUAUAAUCUAAUAAUCUGUACAUGCACAGUGGUUACACUGUACUAAAGUCCUUACACAUCUAAUAAGGUACGUAGCACAUAAGAACACUAAAUAUCAGGUGAGGUUUUUUUUAUCAGUAUUAUAAUGCAUAGUUUAUAACGGAGGCCUGUUCUACCAUUAGGAGUCAUUGUUAAUGUAGUUAAAAUGUAUGAGGAAUGUCUUUGCUUUCUAACGAUACUAAUAUACAGUAUUUGCCUCUAAAAUAGCAGUUUGCUUAUAGUUUUUUUGUUUAAACAAUUUCUUACAUUUGUGGUAUUUAAAUAAGUAAUUCACUGCAAAUUACAAACCACAAGCUAAUCUUUAAAACAUCUAAACCAAUGUAAGGUGAUGGCCAGUGAUGGAAGCAGAUACAUGAAGCUGUAUUGUAAAUGUAUAAUUAGUAAGUUAUAUGAUUUCUGCUGCUUGUAACAUUAUAAAAUUACUUUUACUAUCAAAAGGAAUAAAAGUAGCAAACAUUUGACAUAUAUUUGACAGCUUUCAAAUUUGAUCUACACAGCCUUAAUUUCAAGUAAUAUUGGUUAGUAACUUAAUUUGCACAUAAACCAUUUAAUCAAAUAAGUUUCCCACCUAAAUACUGGCCCCUACAUUGGUUAUUGUGACUUCUAACUCAAAAUGGUAGAACAGGUCAAAUACACUAUCUGGACAAAAGUAUUGGGACACCUCUUUUAUUUUUUGAAUUAAUGCCACAGAGUUUUAGCCACAGCCAUUGCUAUCAGGAGUAAUAAAUCAAUUAAUAUAAAGAAAAUUAAAUGCUCCAAACUUCGUAGCAACAGUUUAGUGAGGGCCCUCCAGCAUGCGCACAUUCCCCUGUGCACAAAGCAACAUCUAUAAACUUCUAAAGUACAGAGCCCUGACCUCAGCCUCACUGAACAGCUGCAAUAUUACUGUUCUCAGUUGAGGCUUUCUUGACCAGCAUUAGUUCCCAGCCAUACACAUGCCCUUUUGACUGAAUGAGCACAAAUUCCCACAGAUGUCCCUCAGAAGAGUGGCUGUUGUUAUAGCUAAAAUGAUCACACAGAGGUCAAUCUAUUAAUUAACACCCAUAUGGUUUUUGAACUGGGAUGACGAACAAGUUCAUGGUCAGGUGUCCAAAUACUUUGGUCAUAUAGUGUAUAAUCAAGAUGAAGUUCUCUUAAGCACUCGGUCUAUAUGAAGAAAUUGGGGCCAAGCUGCUGGCCAGCAGUAAAUGUGUAAUAUUUUGCUUCCUCCAGAAGAACGUUGGCACGUGGCUGACAGUUAACAUACUUGAAUUGUUUUGCUUUUGUGAUGAUGUAAUCUGUAAUGGUCUGAUGAACUUGUGCUGUAAAGCCUUCAGAAACAGAAGUGAAACAAAUGUAGUCCAAUGCUGUAUAAAACAUAACAAUACUCAGCAGUUCUUGUAUGGAUACAAUUUUGCUUCUCAUGAUUUGUAUCUGCUGUUAUGAAUCAGUUCAUUUGACCUCUUAACUUUAAACCAAAUAAUGAAAUGUAAACAGUGUUAAAGUUUGUCUUUGGCCCACUCCAGCUCAAAGUCCAUACAAUAUACAGAAAUACAAUGUAAUUUACCAUUGGAAUAAUACAAAUCUUUGAUGUGAAUUAAGGAGCUCUUCAUUUGGAAACAGACUUUGGCAGUAUUCACUUAGAUUUUUUGACACGGUACCCCACUUAUUAUUGUUCUUUAAAGGACACAUCAGUGAUGUAGAAGGAUUAUAAAGCUAUCAUAUGAAAAGAUAUAUUUUCACAUCUUAAGCGGGGCAGUCAGUCGUUUUGCCUCCUUCAAAUCGUAAAGAUGUGCACAAAUAAUCCUUAAAUCAUUUUAGUAUGUGUGAUCGUAAUGAUAUUUAAAGUAUAAAGAAAAAUGUGUUUUGUUUCAUACUUUCCUUUUUUUAAAACCAUUUUACAGCUAAGAGCAAUAACCAGUGUAGCUUAGUUCUUAAUAGAAAUUCCAGCUUAGUCAAGCACCACAACUAUAAAACUUUUAGCACUGUUGUUGAUCACAAGUCAGUCCGAAAUAUUGUUCACAGUCUCUUGAAGCACACACACUAAUAAACUGAAGGAAUUUCUUAAAUCUGCUGUGUAAUGUAUGAACAAUGAACAUUGUAAUAUAGUCAUGUUUCCCCACUGGCUGUGUGUGUUGGUUUUCACUGAUGUGUUGGAUUUUUGUUAGUCAGAUAGGUGGUAGGAACCAGGUAUUAAUCAGAUUUUGUACACUUUUUCUCAUGGAAGAGGAGUUCACAGAAUUAUUCACUGAGCCUGAAUUGUUUUUAAGGACUAUGCAUGCUGCAUGGACAGAUUUUUAUACUUUCAUACUAGGACAUUAAAAAUGCUGGACUAAGAGGAGAUCUGAACAACACUGACCCACCGAGACUGGGUCAAAGUUACAAAUGGACAACAGAGAGGCCAGUUUGGGUCAGCUAGUAUUUUUUAAAGUCUGUAUUGCUGUUGAUUUGUCUUUAAAAAGACGUAGUGUUUUUAGUAUGGAAACAUUAAAGUGCAUAGUGCUGUGCAGGCAGUUUCUGAGUAGAUUAGAGCGCCCUCUACCGAACCUCCUAAACACAGCAUCCUCUUCAGCCCUUCAAUCAUCACUGGCUAUCAUUGGACCCCUCUUAUCACCACCAACCACUGCUGUUUCACACAAGGAGUUACCCAUAAGUCUAGCUGGGUCAAAAAGUUUGAGUGCACAACAAUUAAGAAAGAUUUUUUGAAAUAUAUUUAAUGUAUGUUGCAACUUGCAGUGUUGUGUCAUUUAAAUAGUAACAUGUUCUCUAAAGAAUUGUCCUCUUCUGGUUAGUCCAUUUAGCAUUAAUUCUCAUUUAAAUUGAUAAAACUGUAUCAGUUUUUCAUUUAUUUAUUUAUAUUUUAACCACGGUUGUGUUGUCGUGCCCCCACGGCACCACACACUUACUUUCUCAAUCACUGGCUCACUCAGCCACACAUACUUAGGGGCAUUAUGAACAGCCAAUCCACCCUCUUAAUGGUUUUGGCAAACAACAAGAAAACUGGAGCAUCCAGAAGAAGUCAAUCUAAAUAUGGAAUAAACCUGUCUUUAUGAGACAUGUUGUUGUGCUAUACUCAAUACCAGAUACCCAUCAGUUUUAUUAACUAGCUACCUAUGGACUUUUAGACCCUACUGGAUGUUUAUUGGUAAAAACAUCAAAUCACUCCUACUGGUCUCAUCUGGCACCAGCAUGUUUGUGGAUUAGCUGCUGUUAAUCUAUUUAUUAACAGAAUUGGGAAAGACGUGAUUUGUAUGUAAUGGGUGCUCAUUCACAUCUCUUUUAGCAGGCAGGAUGUUUGUAAUGCUUCACUAUGAUUUCUCAUUGAUUCUGAUGUACAUUUCUAUUGUAUCACCUUGUAUGAGAACCAAUGCUGUGGAUGUAAAUAAACAAGCGCUUGCCAAAGUUUGUCAAAUGAA